GCAGCCCACUGUGAUUCUUUUCUCCUGCUGCUGCAGCUCACGGCUGUUCAAACAUUUGCGAGCUCUUUCUCCUCAGAGCGUCUCACCAAGAAUGUCAGGCGUCUGUGUCUAGGUUUUGUUUAAAGUCUGAAUCUAUUCUCUUUAAGUCCGAGCUCGGUUAUCAAGGAGACCAAAUAGGUAUUUCUCAUUGCGAAUAUCCUCUGAGUAAAGUCAACAUCUGAGUCUUCUGUCUCCGCGCUCGCCUUCAAUCAAUCUCGCGCUCCGCGGGCACGGGACUAUCAGCGGUCCGCAAUCUCCUCAGUGGGAAUGGAUACGGCGUCUUUGCUCUCUUUUAUUCGUGACUGGACCCCAAAAUAGACAAGUUUGGUCGAUUUAUGCUUCUGUUUGUUUUGACCGUCUUUUCCAGUUAUUUGACUGCGUUUUCUUGCUUGUACUAGACUGCAAACUUGUGUUUGGACAGGCACAGAAAGGGGUAAUGAUGGAAAAAGACGGAAUGGUUGUGCUGUUAGUUUUCUUAAAUGUGCUUUUCAUCCAUACGGAUGCGUUCAGAAGAGAUCCCGCAGAGAGACAGUCGAGGUCCGAGGGUGGUUUCUGCCGGAUCUUGCGGACGCAGACGCGGGGCGCUCGGAGAGACGGACAGAGCGAGUUUCGCCUCAGAGUUGAAGGAGACCCAGAAACUUACCAACCCGGGAGCACUUACAGAGUGAGUUUGUAUGCCUCCAGCCCAUCUUACUUUCGUGGCUUUACCCUCAUUGCUCUGAAGGAAGGAAGGGAGGGCGUCACUCCUGAUGAUUACGCCGGUACAUUCAAGCUCAUUGAUGAAAGUGACACACAGUUCAUGACCAACUGCCCCCCGGCCGUCACAGAGAGCAUUCCCAGAAGACGCACAAGGAUACAGGUGUUCUGGACAGCGCCACCUUCUGGCAGUGGUUGCAUCACUCUCAAGGCCAGUGUUGUGCAGCGAAAAAUCAUUUUCUUCCAAGAUGAGGGCUCACUUACCAAAAGACUCUGUGAGAAAGAUCCAGCUGCGACGACUGAAAAACCUAUUCAAGAGUGCUGUGCUUGUGGAACUGCGAAGUAUAGAGUCACUUUCUAUGGAAACUGGUCUGAGAAGGUGCAUCCCAAAGACUACCCAAGACGUGCUAAUCAUUGGUCGGCUCUCAUUGGCGCGUCUCACUCGAGGAGCUAUGUGUUAUGGGAGUAUGGAGGUUUCGCCAGUGAAGGAGUCAAGCAGGUGGCUGAGUAUGGAUCACCCGUCAAAAUGGAGGAGGAGAUUCGACAAAAGGGUGAUGAUGUUAUGACAGUUAUCAAAACCAAAGCCCAGUGGCCCGCCUGGCAGCCUCUUAAUGUGCGUGCCGCCCCCUCGGCGGAGUUCUCAGUGGAUCGAGCCCGUCAUCUCAUGUCGUUCUUGACUAUGCUGGGCCCCAGUCCUGACUGGAACGUGGGAUUGUCUGGGGAGGACUUGUGCACCAGGGAUUGCGGCUGGGUCCAGAGACUGGUGAAGGAUCUGGUGCCGUGGGACGCCGGUACUGACAGCGGGGUCACUUAUGAGGUCAGCUUUCACAGACUGAUGACUCUCCCAUAUAACCCCUCAAUCCACAAGGCGAGGAUUCGUUCCCCGUGUCUCACCAGUUGGAGCACGCAUCAGAGCCCCUUUUAUGACCCUUCUGGUGGCCCCAUCACAUCCCUCGCCCGAGUGGUAGUGGAGAGAAUCGCAAGAAAGGGAGAGCAGUGCAAUACCGUGCCCGACACCAUAGACGAUAUCGUUGCUGAUAUUGCUCAGGAGGAGAAGGAGGAAGCCGACAACACUCCAGAGACGUGCAUCUACUCAAACUGGUCUCCAUGGUCAGCCUGUAGCUCCUCCACCUGCGAUAAGGGUAGACGGAUGAGGCAGAGGAUGCUAAAAGCACAGCUGGACCACAACGUGCCCUGCCUGCAUACCCAAGACUUUGAGCCCUGCAUGGGGCCGGGCUGCAGCGAGGAGGAGGCGUCCACAUGUAUGAUGUCAGAGUGGAUCAGCUGGUCUCCGUGCAGCUCCUCGUGUGGAAUGGGCAUGAGGUCCAGAGAGAGAUACGUCAAGCAGUUCCCAGAGGACGGCUCCAGCUGCACGCUGCCAACCGAGGAGACCGAGAAGUGUGUGGUCAACGAGGACUGUUCACCCAGUAGCUGUGUGGUGACUGAGUGGUCUGAGUGGGAGCCCUGCAGCGUGAGCUGUGGAGUGGGGAUGAGGAGGAAAGAGCGCAUGAUGAAGAUGGAGGCCUCAGAUGGCUCGCCCUGUCGAGCGCAGCUGGUGGAGGCAGAGAAGUGCAUGAUGCCUGAGUGCAAUUCAGUGGUGUGUAUGCUGUCUCCAUGGUCAGACUGGGGAGAGUGCAGCGUUACUUGCGGUGUGGGCAUGCGUUCUCGUCAGCGCAUGCUGAAGACGCCCGUAGAGCCCAGCCUGUGUCCGGAUGAGCUCGAGCAGGUUGAAAAGUGCAUGCUUCCUGAAUGCCCCACGGACUGCAUGCUGUCGGAGUGGUCGGGGUGGUCCGAGUGCAAUAAGUCUUGCGGGAAGGGUCACGUGAUCCGCUCACGGAUGGUCAAAUUAGAGCCUCAGUUUGGAGGCAUGCCCUGUCCCGAGACAGUCCAGAGGAAAAAAUGCAAGAUCCGCAAGUGCACAAAAGGUUCCCGCACCAGCGACAAGAGGAAGAGACAGGAAGCUUCAGACAGGAGGAGAGAAAUACAGAGCAAGGAGUCCGUGGCAGAGGAAAGCUCAGCCUGUGCAUUACGCCCGUGGUCCAGCUGGACACAGUGUACCAAGCCAUGCGGCGGGGGGGUCCAAGAGCGUGUGAUGUACGUAAAGAAGAAAGGCAAAUCUUCACAGCCCAGCCACUGCAAAAACCAGAAGGAGGUCCGCGCGUGCAAAGUGCAACCGUGCUAAAAGUGACUAUCCAUCACUGUAAUACACACACACACACACACACACACACAAAAACACACACCCCAACACACACUGAAUCAGCCCUUAAAGAGGCUGAAUAGGGCAGAAACAGCGUAGUUUAAACCUAAGGUUUCCUGAAGCAGGACUGGCGAGGGGUGUGUGUUCCAGCUUGUAGGGUUUUAAAAUAACACACAUGUGGACCAGGCCUGUUAUCCGUGAUUAGUUUUAGAUGCCUUCUUAGUAGGCGUAUAUACUGUAUCACUAUAUAACCGACACUUUUCAGUACCACCUUCACUAAAACAUCAGUGUGCACUUCUUUUUUUAACAGUAAUUACAUUUUUCUUUCAUUUGUUUUGCACAACCACAUUCUUUUUGGGUAAAGGUUGGCGGUCAAAAGAGAUACGUAGCAUUUCCUGUAAACAAAACAUUGUUUUCUGCAUCCCAUAAAGAUUUUGGAUGCAAUCCUAUACUGGUUUGUGAAGGAAAACAGGCCGUGAUGUGGGAUUCGCAAACAAAUUCUAAUCCGAGGCUGCCCCCAUUGAGUGAUAUCAAGGUGGGUCACCCACAAUCAAUGCCCAAUUGAUUCAGACAGCAAGUGCUUGGUGAGGACAGAGGAUUUUUUUUCCCCUCGUUUGUGAAAUUUUCGGGAAAUCUAGUCAAAUGCAGGCUUGGGGUGAUGCAUUGGCCGGGCUAUGGAUAGUUUAACAUUUUAUUUCCAAACUAAAAAGCACAGUUAAACCACCAUUCAACAUUUUUGGGAUUUAUUUUAUAAAUUGUGAUAUAUUAACUUUGAGGUGAAAAUAGAUUGUGACUUUUUAUUGCAUUAUUAGAUGUAUAAGAGGCUAAUGUGAAAUAUUAACCCAUCUGUAGGGAAAGAAAGCAAUUAAAUUAGACUUUUUCUUACUUUUAUUGUGGAAUUUUGAUAUAUUUAGCUUCAAAAAGUCUUGCCAAAGUCAAGUGUGGAUUUUCUUUUUCUCUGUCGCUCUCUCUCCCUUUUUUCUUUUCACUCAUCCCUUCUUCUGCAAUGUUCUGCUAUUUUGGAAUAAAUCUUUACAAUAAAAAAAUUAUGUGACUACA